CUCGCCGUCACUCACAACGGCAUUUCUAUUUACAGCACAGAAGAAUGAGAUUCGUGAAAUAAACCCCGAGCGCGAGAUGUUUCUGAACAAAGCGACCAUGGAGUACAUGUUUGAACUGAAUUCGUCUUAUCGCUCAAACCGCGUUUUUGAGUACGUUAGUAACGCCACCGUUGGAAAACCAAACCGUCACUGGAGCGACUGCCAAGCGACAGGCUGAGCGAACUCACGAAGAGUUUGAUCAUGGCACCAUUCACCGUCUCCACUCAUCACCCGCUGCUGAAUCAGAGCGGCUCGCAUCUGUUCAUGCCGUCGUCCGUCGUGACGAUCAGGGUCCGUCUGUGGCAGGUCCUCCGGGGAGUCCUGUACCUCUGUGCGAGUGUGACCGAGCUGUUCAGCUCCGAGACUUUUUUCUUCAUCUGUGUGGGAAAAAACAUGACCAUGACCGGCGAGUCGAAGAAGAGCGGCGUGGAGGCCUUGGAGAGGCCUGGAGGCGAAACCGGGACUGGAGCUUCAGAAGAAGCGGAUCCAGAGGUCGUUAUUAAGGAGCUUGAUGAUGAUGAUGAUGAGCGGGAAUCGAUUGAUUGGGAUGAAGAGGAAGAUGAUGAAGCCAGGCUCUCUGAAUGGGAGUCUGAUGAGGAGGAGGACGGUGAUGAGAACAAGGAGGACUGUGAGACGGAGGAUGAGGACUCUGAUUGGUCAGAUGAGGAUGAGGAUGAUGAAGGUGACUCCGAGGCAUCAGCAGAGAGUCUUGAGCUUUGGGAAUCGUUUCUGAACAGCGCUGACCCCUACAACCCUCUGAGCUUCUGCUCGUCCAUCGACUCCAGAACAAACACGAAGCAGAUCAAAACUCAACCUGAUACAAGAGCAGAAGAGUGUGAGCCAAAACCAAAGCAGGGGGCGGCGAGGGUGUGUUUCAGUGAUCAGGUGACCGUGCGCCCCCUGGUGGCCUGGAGUUUCGCGAGCAGGGCCGCGCGGGACGGCUCUUGUUGGAUGCAGAUGGCCAGAGACCGAGAGCGCUUCAGAAGAAGAGCGGAGAGCGUCGAGACGCUGCUUAAGCCCUGCCUCACGGCUGAACACAGAGCCGGCGUGUUUGAGAGACUCCAGAGAACAACAUCCUCAUGAUACUCAAUCCUCCAGCUUAAUGUAGUAUCAUCAUGAUGGAGCAGAUUUUUUUUAUAUUUGUAUUGUUAAAAUAUUGUGGUGCAAUUUAUUUCUGUCUUUGACUUUAUUGGGGUUCUGCACAUGUAUAAACGUGGUUAUUCUGACACAUUGAAUGUUUUAUAUGGCAGCUGAGAAACUUUUCUGAGAUUUAUUCUGUUGUUUGUGAGUUAAAUUUUUCAUCAUAAUGUAGCAGUUGAACUUAAUUUUUUUUAUUAGUUGUGAAAACCCAAUGUUUUUUUUUGUUUUGUUUUUUUGUGGUGCACUUUAUUUCAAUGUGUCUUUGUCUUAUUGGGGUUUAAUUUUAUAUUCUUUGCACUUGUAUAGUUUUAUUGUACUACAAACGUGGUUAUUCUGACACGGACUGAAUAUUUUAUGUGGCAGCUGAAAAUUAUUAAACUUCUCUGACAUUUA